UGUGACCGUGAGGAACCGGCACGAACGGGCCGAGCGAGGGGCUCCGGGCAGCGCCUCGGCCCCUCGGGAACGAUGUUCUCCAGGAAAAAGCGAGAGCUGAUAAAAACCCCUUCCAUCUCCAAGAAGAGCCGGGCUGGAAGCCCCGUCCCACAGACCCUGCCGGAGCUCUCCCGCAAGGAUUGCCUGGACGCCCCGGGCUGCAGCGUGGCGGAGCUGCCCGCGGGCAGUGCCAAGCUCAGCAGCAGCCCUGGCGCCGUGGGCACCCUGAAGCGCCCCACCAGCCUGAGCCGCCAUGCCAGCGCCGCCGGCUUCCCCCUGCCCAAGGGCCACAAGACCCCGCUGUGCUACAGCCCCAUGGAGGGCGGGGACGGUCCCUUCAUCGACCCCGAGGACAUCUCGCAGCUGCUGGCGGACGUGGCGCGCUUCGCCGAGGCCCUGGAGAAGCUGCGGGACGUGGUGCUGCGAGAUGACCCCAGGGAGCCCCAGAGGCCGCUGGCCCACGAGUGCCUGGGUGAAACCCUCCGCAUCCUGCGCCAGGUCAUCAAUAAAUACCCUCUGCUCAACACCCUGGAGACCCUGACGGCCGCUGGGACCCUCAUCUCCAAAGUCAAGGGUUUCCACUAUGAAUCCAACAAUGAGGCAGACAAGAGGGAGUUCGAGAAGGCUGUGGAGACCAUCGCUGUGUCCUUCAGCAGCACGGUGUCUGAGUUCCUCAUGGGGGAGGUGGACAGCAGCACCAUCCUCUCCAUUCCACCCAGCGACCAGAACCAGACCAUGGAGAGCCUCUAUGGGGGCAUUCCUGGGCCCAGAGGAGAUGGAGUGCCCUCAGGCACGGACAGCUGUGCCACAGCCCGCCCUGCUGCUGAGGAGGUGGAUGUGAUGCUGCAGCGCUGCGAGGGGGGCGUGGAUGCUGCCCUCCAGUACGCCAAAACCAUCUCCAAGUACAUGAAGGACCUGAUGGCAUACAUGGAGAAAAGGAGCACACUGGAGCUAGAUUUUGCCAGAGGGCUCCAGAAGAUGGCAAACAGCUGCAAGCAAACCAUCAGCCAGGAGACCAGCAUGCCUUUCCUGUCCAUCUAUCUGCUGGCCCUGGAGCAGGACAUGGAGCACGGGGCCUCCAUGGUGCAGGCAGCCACCACCCUGCAGCAGCAAACCUUCCUUCAGCCGCUGAUGGUGAGACGCCUGGAACAUGAGAAACGCAGGAAGGAGAUCAAGGAGCAGUGGCACCGUGCCCAGAGGAAACUGCAAGAGGCCGAGGGGAACCUGCGCAAGGCCAAGCAGACGUACAUGCAGCGCAGCGAGGAGCACGACAAGGCCAAGUACAUGGCGGUGAAAGCGGAGGAGGAGCAGCAAAACACGACCAGCAGCACCACCACCAAAACCCUGGACAAGAAGAGGCGGCUGGAGGAGGAAGCCAAGAACAAGGCAGAAGAGGCCAUGGCCACGUACCGCACCUGCGUGGCCGAUGCGAACACGCAGAAGCAGGAGCUGGAGGACACCAAGGUGAACUCGCUGCGCCAGAUCCACGAAGUGAUCAAACAGACUGACCAGGUCAUCAAAUCGGCCACCAUCUCCUUCUACCAGCUGAUGCACAUGCAGACGGCGGCGCUGCCGGUGAAUUUCCAGACGCUGUGUGAGAGCAGCAAGCUCUACGACCCGGGCCAGCAGUACGCGUCCCACGUGCGGCAGCUGCAGCGCGGCGACGAGCCCGACGUGCAGUACGACUUCGAGCCCUACGUGUCCCACAACGCCUGGUCUCCCUUUACUCAGCCACAGAAGGGCAGCUUCAGUGCCAGUGAGUUCUCCACGAGUGCAGAGGGGGCUGGGGCAGGCUCAGAGGGAGCAGCAGCAGCCAAGGAGUCGCCAAGUGGGGCUGGAGCAGCUGAGAGAAGAGGUGGGAGGGGACACCAGGUGCAUAAAUCCUGGCCAUCCUCUGUGGCUGAGGCUGACAGCAGCCUGGAUUCCAAUGCAGGUGAAUUCAGCCACAAGCUCCAGAGGCUCUCCUCCAACGGCACCGCGUCCUCCAGCGAGGAGCUGGAGGAGAAGGACGGGACCAGCACCCCCUUUGAGCAGAGCAUCAAUGGGAUCACCCCAGAGCUGGCAGCUCCCACAGGACCCUUCAGGAACGUUGGUUUGUCCAAGGCUGCCCAGACCCAUCGGCUGAGGAAGCUCCGAGCCCCCUCCAAGUGUCGGGAGUGCAACAGCUACGUGUACUUCCAGGGAGCCGAGUGUGAGGAGUGCUGCCUGGCCUGCCACAAGAAGUGCCUGGAGACCUUGGCCAUCCAGUGUGGGCACAAGAAGCUCCAAGGGAAGCUGCAGCUCUUCGGGCAGGACUUCACGAAGGCGUCUCAGGGCAGCUCGGAUGGGAUCCCCUUCAUCGUCAAGAAAUGCGUCUCAGAGAUUGAGAAGAGAGCCCUGAAAACAAAGGGCAUCUACCGAGUUAACGGUGUCAAGACACGUGUGGAGAAGCUUUGCCAGGCCUUUGAGAACGGGAAGGAGCUGGUGGAGCUGUCCCAGGCCUCCCCUCACGACAUCAGCAACGUCCUGAAGCUCUACCUGAGACAGCUGCCGGAGCCCCUGAUGCCCUUCAGGCUGUACAACGAGCUGAUGGGGCUGGCCAAGGAGAGCCUGCAGGGCACCGAGGCCAAGGGCCGUGCUGGGAAGGGCGGCCCCGAGCUGGUGGACAGAGGAGCCGACACCGACCCGGUGGUGCUGGGCCUGGUGCUGAAGCUCAGGGAGCUGCUCCAGGAGCUGCCCCGUGAGAACAUGGCCACGCUCCAGUUCCUCCUGCAGCACCUGAGGAGGAUCAUGGAAGUGGAACAGGACAACAAGAUGACCUCAGGCAACCUGGGCAUCGUCUUUGGGCCGACGCUGAUGCGCCCCAGGCCCACGGAUGCCACCAUUUCCCUGUCCUCACUGGUGGAUUAUCCCCACCAAGCUCGGAUCAUUGAGGCACUCCAUAUCAUCUUCUACCCCACCAUCUUCGAGCACAAGGACUUGGCACCCAGCAGACGUGGCUCAGGUGCCACAGAGGAGGUGGCCAGUGGUGCUGAGCAGGCCCCUGCAGGCUCCCAGCCCGUGGCUCCUCUUGCCACCAGCCCCUACCUGGAGCGGCCUUCGGACAAAGGGGAUUUGGCUUUCAGCGCCGACUCCCUUGCAGAGUCCGGUGACCGCUCCGUGGACUCUGAUUCAGAGCUGGAGGACGGCGGGGAGCCACGGACACACCUGACCAAGCAGGGCAGUGAGACCAGCACGGAAGAGGUUAAUUUCUGUGACGAGGAGGGGCUGCGGAGCAGGAGCUGCAGCGUGGGCCAGUCCGAUGAUGCAGAGGGCUCUGCUGCCGAGGAGCAAAGCAAUCUGGAGGAACAGGCUGAGAGCAGGGAUGGCACCACCCAGCCUGGCACCUCUGCCACCCCCAGGGAUGGCACCAACUAGCCCGGCACCUCUCGGGGCCACAGCAGCCACGAGCUGCAGCCCCGGCUCAUCUAAGGUACCCCAGACACUGGGAUGGACAAAGGAGCAAAUCCCCAUGGCUGCCCAGAUGCUGGAAACUGGAAUGGGGAGGGGUGGGAAGGACAUGGGGCGGCCCAGGGGGGUUUGGUGUGUCAGCUGCAGGGGAGUCCUGGCUGAUUCCUGGCUGGAGCUUGCACACAAAACCCCUGAGCCCCUCAGUGCCCAGCUGGAGAACAGGGUCACAGCCAGGGCCAUGAAGGAUUUUUGCCUGGGAGGGAGCUGAGUUUGGGCAAACCCUUGUUCAGGAUUGGGAAGGAACCCAGGGCUGUGCCUGUGGCAGGUGUUUUAUUGUUGUUGUGCUCCCGAAUCCCUGAAUGCCACACCUGUGCUGUGAGAUCGAGGUUGGAGGAGUCAAAGGACCUGCUCAUCCCUGCUGGCUGAGGCUGGAAGGGAGCCAAGGCUUCCUUGGAGUGACAUGGGAACAACAAUCACUCAGGAUGGGCAGGAUGACACAAAAUGGGCAGGGUGAAACCACAGGAGCAGAUGGAACUGAAGGCACCUCACAGGACAGGGACACAGCUGGAGCAGCGCUGGGAUUGGGGUGAAGCCCCUGCACCAUCUCACCCCGAGCCAGGCUUGGCUUUGGGGCUGUGCCAGGAUCUCAGGGAUGUCCCUCACUGACACCUGAUUUAAGCAGGGUUCAGGAUGGAUUUCCUGCCCCAAACCCUCAGCACUGUGGCCCAGCUGAUUGCAUCUUCAUCGCUGUUUAGAUUGGUGGGCAUUUGGAUUGGUGGGCAUUUGGAUUGGUGGGCAUUUGGAUUGGUGGGCAUUUCCCUCCUUGGCAGGAGACAUGCAAGGAGCAGCCUGAGGGCAGAUUUGCCAGGCUGCAUUGUCCUGAGCCCUGCUGAGCUCUCAUGGUUUGGUUGUACAAUCAUUUCAUCUCCACAAAGCUGCGCUGCAAGUCCAGGACAAUCUCCCUCUGCUCUUGCAACUCUUCCCAUGAGGAAGUGCCUCUUCCUCCUCCUCAGGGCCACCACGGCCUGCAGCCAGCACAGCCCCAGCCAGUAUAAUCUUGAGCUUCCUUUCUUUUUCUGUAAAGACAAUAAUCAACCCUUCAACGUGACUCCACUACCUCUGCUGGCUAAGGCAGCACUAAACCAAAGUGGUUUCGGUGAUUUUUAAAGCUAUGAGAAUUUUCCUGCACUGAGGCACAGAGAAAUAAGUUGAGUUUUAGCUUGGAAUAAGCUGAGAGCCUUUUCCUUCAUUCUCCUGUUUGUGGGAGACAGAGCAGGUGGUGUUGGGAGGGUCUCAGAUACCUUGGUACUGCAGAAUCAGGCAAUGGACAGGAGUUUGGAGCCCUCUGAAGUCGAUGGAGAGCCCAUCUCAGCAAAGGUACAGAAACCCAGGUUAACUCACAGGAUUGGAACUGAGCCAGGGAAGAGCUGGACUGGACACGUGCAGGAUUUGCUGUGCCCUCCAGCUCUUCCACAGAUCAGGAUUUUUCAGGGGAGCAGUUGGAUUUCUCCAGGGCAGCAGGAGGAUGUGGGAAUGCUGCUGCCACGGCGGUACCGCACGCGUGUGAGGGUGGGUGAGGAUGAUGAGGGUGAGUGUGAGUGAGAGAAGGAGCUGAAGCUGCACUUGAGCUUCCCACAACAGCAGCUCCCUCCAGGUUGUGUGGAUUCUGUGUUUGCCCUGAUGCUGCACAAUGCUGCCUCGCUGUGUUCAUAUUGACAAGCUUCCCAAAAUAAACCAAUAAAACCA